AUCAUAUAAAAUAAGUGUCUAUUUGAGUUGAUGUAAUAAGUGUCUAUUUGGGUUGAUGUAAUAAGUGUCUGGUAUAAGUGUUUAGAUCAGUAUGUCUGAAGGAAUAGUCCACGCUGAUGUGAAGUUCAAAAAGCAACAAAGGACUGAAGGAAAAGAUGGUGCAACAGCAUCCACAGUGAAUGACGCCACGUACUCUGAAAUCUCAAUUCCCAAAGACGGACGCAACCAGCCAUCUACCGACACUAAUGCUGGUGACCCUGAUUCUCAGGAGGGGUCAAAGGUCAAACCAGGUGGAUAUGACCCUGUCAAAGUGGUCCUGGUGACUCUCUGUUUUCUUCUGAUGGGGACAGUCAUUGGACUUCGGUUCCUGUAUAUCAGCAACCUGUCAACCAAAAACACAGAGCUCCAAAUUCUGCAAGCGGCUUACGCUCGAAAUCUUACAGGUUUGGAAAAAGAUUUUACAUCAGGGAAUAAAGACUGUCCUAAACCUAUGAACUGUGCUAAAGACUGGGAGUAUUAUGAGGGGAAGUGCUAUUACUUCUCCCCUGAUGAACUGACCUGGGCUCAGAGUCGGGAUGAGUGUAUCACCAGGGGGGGACACCUUGUCAUCAUAGGGAGCCUAGAGGAGCAGAAAUUCUUGGAUCAGAAAACUGGUACAAAAAUAACUACGGAGCCUGAAGACAUGUUCUGGAUUGGGCUGACGGACAGUAUAAACGAGAAUGAGUGGUUAUGGGUGGACGGUUCAUCUCUAAGCACAAGCUUCUGGCUUGAUAACCGCGAGCUUGAUAACCGUGAGCCUGAUAACUGGAAAGGAAAUGAUGGAGAAUAUCCCGACGGUGAAGACUGUGCUAGAAUGGGGGAACCGGGUGGUACUAAAGAAGGCAAGAGUUGGUUGGAUGUCAACUGUAAUAGGACUCAAAGAAGAAUAUGUGAGACAAAAUCCCCCUUGUGAAACAGUAUCUUUAAGAAACUCAAAAGUUCCUUAAAUAUGUCUCUGAACAACAAGUAUUUUUUGCUGGCAUUGAUAAAAAGGAGGAGAAACUGUAUUGUGACUGGUUUACAGUAGAUUACUGCUGAUAUUCACAUCUUUAUUUGUAAAACAAAUAUUAUGCUAUGGUGUAAAACAAACCAAAUCUCCAACUGAGUCUAAUGAAAAACAUGUCAGAUAUAUUCAGUUCACGCCUCUUCACUUCUCAGUAGGCUACAGGUGUUGGAUCUUAAUUUUACCAGUAUUGUUACAGCAACAGGAUUUGAACUUUAGUCCUUCAAUCAAAUGUUGCGUGAUUGGUGGUUAAGCUAUUAGCUGGCAAAAUUUAGGCUACAUGAAAAGUGCAGUAUUGUUAAGUGUGUGGGUUUUCAAUUAAUUUAUGUAAAUCAUGAAGCAUAACUGCAUUUUGCGAUGCAGGAAAAUUCUCAGCAACAAGGGAGAUAAAAUGAAGAUCCUACACCUGUACACCAUCCUCAGUGUGUUUUGUACAUGUAUAUUUCUGCUCAUCAGUGCUGUCUCUAGGCUAGUCAUUUGAGAAAAAAAAAAUAUUGUGUGUAUAUCCAAACAUCAGGAAACCAUUGAAUGAAUAAAGUGUCAAAAGUAAAAUUCGG